CAGUUAUUCACCACACAGGAAGUCAUUUUGGGUUACUGCAGUGGGCUGCCUAACUCCAACAGUCAGACUUUAAGCAGCCUGGGUGUUUUCUGUAUGUCUGAGUGAUGGAAAUAAAAACUGCAGACUAUCUAUUUCUGUAACCAAAUACAUUUAACCAAAUUUGCUGGACACCCACUGACGCAAGUGCGCUCUUGUUGUACAAGUUUUCAGAAAAGCCCCUUGUUAGCUGCAGAUAGAGAGAGGGAACAGCCAUGAUUCUGCUGCUGUGAUAAUGGAACGCAACAGAACAGACAGGAAGAGAAAUCAAAGAUGCAGAAACUAUAAGAACGUCGUGGAGCCUCAGUACGAUGUGGUGGGUGACCAGGAGGAAGCGCCGCAUGUGCGCAUACUUCCUGCAAGACCCAUACAUGAUGAGAGAGAGUAUGCAGACAGGGAUAUUCCAAGGUCGUCAUCACUCUCCACUGGUAAUUCCAACAUCCUCUCAGGAAAAAUUGCAAUAACUUCAGGACCUUCUAUAAAUAGAGACCUGAAGCCAGGCAGAAGAAGGGCCAAAUUAGAUAAGAGGGUCACACCUGUGCCGCCGGCAGAACAGCUCUCACACAGGCGCUCUCCACCACCUCCACCGUUGACCUCGGAGUUAGUCAAACACUUGCCCGAGCUGACUCUACAAGAACCCUGCAGCAGAAAUGGACAGAAAGCAACUAAAAACGCAGACUCCAGUUCCCUUAUAACAGGUCUGCAGAGAGCUGGAAGUGUUUUAUCACUUCACACCAAUCACAGACAUUCUCUGGAUUUGGAAACUCAUAAUUUUGAAACAAGGUCACAACAAUGUUUAGAAAGGGUGCCAUCAAAACGUCAUCACCAUGAGUGGCCUCAAACUAAAGAAGACUUUGACCAACAUGACUUUGUUCCAAUGGAAAAGCCUAAACAGACCUGUGAAGAAGACUGGUACAUUGGGGCUUGUACUCGAGCAGAUGCUGAGCAUGCCUUACACCUGGUCAACAAGGACGGGGCGUUUUUGGUACGAGACUGCUCCAUCAACACCAACAGUGAGCCCUUGGUGUUGGCUGUGUAUCACGAAAAGAAGGUUUACAAUAUAAAAAUCCGGUUCGUCAAGAGCACCGUCAAGUAUGCCCUGGGGACGGGACAACGAUCAAAUGAUAUGUUUGACUCUGUGGCAGACAUCGUCAAGUUUCACUCCAUAUUCCCAAUACUACUCGUCAGUGGGAGAAAUACUCCCGGAAGCAAAUGUCCAGAAAACUGUGUGCUGACUUGUCCAGUAACGAAAAGGGAUGUAGACCAGCUGCUGCAAUAACACAUAAACCAUUACAGCAAAGAUCAUCUGCUCCAUCCCAUCUGGGUCCUCACAUUAAUAUGUACGUUACCCACAGUACGAGACCCAAAACAUCCAAUAGUGUUUACCAUGAGCAUGUUCGGAAAAAGACGAGUGUGUAUACCAAUUGUUCAUGCUUGUGUCAAUAAAAAAACUGUUCCAUCUAA